AUGCUUGAUUGGGAUUAUUGGCUGGUGAUAUGGCGAGUGGAGUUUUGGGGGAGGGAAUGGAAUUUGGUGGACAUGAUCACUUUCACUAGCUUCGCCUUCUUGCAUUUCCUUUCUCUUCUUGCGCCGUUUUACUUCACCUGGACUGCGUUUUGGCUGGCCAUUGCUCUCUAUUUUAUCUCAGGUGUAGGCGUAACCCUUUCGUUUCAUAGGAAUCUCUCCCACAGAAGCUUCAAGCUUCCCAGAUGGCUCGAGUACUUCUUUGCCUAUUGUGGGGUUCUAUCACUUCUGAGAAGUCCACUUGAUUGGGUGAGCGUACACAGAUCCCACCAUCAGUUUACAGACACAGUGAAAGACCCUCAUAGCCCAGUUAGAGGAUUCUGGUUUAGUCAUAUUGGUUGGACACUCGAUUACCGUGGUCGAAACGGAAAUUAUGAACCACGACUAAGGAAUGUUGGAGAUUUGAAAAGACAACCAUACUACAUAUUUCUUCAUUACACAUACCCUCUUCAUUAUACUGCUCUCGGAGUUCUAUUGUAUUUUAUCGGAGGAAUGCCGUUUUUGGUUUGGGGAAUGGGAGUGAGGACGGUAGUUUUUCUCCAUGCAACAUUUGGAAUAAAUUCAAUUUGUCAUACAUGGGGACAACAAGUAUGGGAAACUGGUGAUUUAUCUAGAAACAAUUGGUUGAUUGGAUUGCUGGCACACGGAGAAGGUUGGCAUAACAAUCACCAUGCUUUCCAGCACUCAGCUCGCCACGGCUUGGAAUGGUGGCAAAUUGAUGUUACUUGGUAUGUCAUUAGAUUUCUUGAACUUGUGGGUUUGGCAACAGAUGUGAAGCUUCCAACUGAGACUCAGAAGAAACAAAGAGCUUUAAGCAACAAGAUGCAUCCACGAGGAAAAGCAGCAGCAGCAGCAGCUUGA